CAUCAUGAGAAUGACACGAAUUUUCAAGCCAUAAAAAUAAUAAAGGAAAUGGUCCCACGUGUGAAUCGCCGUAAGCAUUAUUUUUUUUCUGGAUCUGUUCCUCACAAUUCAGCUUCAUCAGCUUCUCAAAAUGGCUGCUGAAGCUUUCACCUGCAGCUCCUCUCUCCAGAACUGCUACUCCAGAUCUCUACCCAGCUCCGUUAAAGAGCUAUCGGAGGCGCCGUCUUUCACGUCUCUUCCUCAGUUCCUCGUGUCGCACAACCCCCGAGAGCGCGGCGAGCUCGAGCCCGUCUGCGAUGCCGAUCAGGAGAUCCCCGCCGUCGAUUUUGAUCUGCUUGUGAACGGUUCGCCGGAUCAACGGUCGCAGGUCGUCCGGGAGCUCGGCAGGGCGUGCCGAGACUGGGGCUUCUUCAUGGUGGUGAAUCACGGCGUAUGCGAGGGAUUGACGGAGGCGAUGAAGCAGACGUUCGCGGAAUUCUUCGAUCUGACAGCGGAGGAGAAAGGCGAGUACGAGGACGACGGCGUGCGUGUGAUGAGUCCCAUCCGAGUCGGCACCAGCUUCAAUACCGCCGUCGAUAAAGUAAGAUACUGGAGGGAUUACCUGAAGAUCAUAGUGCACCCGGUGUUCCACUCACCCGCCAAGCCCCCCACUUUUAGGGAUAUCUCCCAAGAGUACACAACGCGCAUGAGAGCUCUAGGAACGGAGAUCCUGAAGGGGAUAUGGGAGAGCCUGGGCCUCGACGGCGCCGGCAUGACGCUGGCACUAAAUCUCAACUCGUGCUUCCAAAUCCUCGUCGCCAAUCUCUACCCGCCGUGCCCUCAGCCGGAGCUGGCCAUGGGCCUCCCGCCGCACUCUGACUACGGCCUCCUCACCGUCCUCUGCCAGAACGGCGUCGACGGGCUCCAAGUGAAGCACGAAGGAAAAUGGAUUCCCGUCAAACCCCGCCCCAACUCAUUCCUCGUCAACAUUGGCGAUCAAAUGGAGAUCGUUAGCAAUGGGAGGUACAAGAGCGUGCUGCACCGAGCGGUGUUGAGCGGCAAAAGCACGAGGAUGUCGAUCGUGACCCUGCUCGCCCCGUCGCUCGAGACAGUUGUGGCGCCGGCGCCUCUGCUGGUGAGCAGCAAGAACCCGGCCGCGUUUCGCGGCAUGCGGUUCGGGGACUUCAUAGAAUACCAGCAGAGUAACAGGCUGAAAGAUAAGUCAGUUUUAGAUCUUCUUAGAUUGAAUGCAAGAGAGUAGCUGCUGUGUGGUCUUAAUUAAGAGUUGGUUGUGGUCUAAAGGUGAUGCUACUGCUGUAUAAGAACUAGAUGUUUCGAAAUCAAGUGACUAUUUAAUUUGGUGUGUUUGGUCGAAUACUUCAUUGAUUAGUAUAAAGUUCUUUGUUGAUGAGUAUUAACAGGAGUUAAAGUUUAA